AUGGCGUUCCUUCAGCAGUCUUUAGAGAACGUCGCGUGCAGAUUCCCCGGGCUCACAUCAGACCCCUUCCAAGCGCCAAGGAGCGACGUGGACCUCGCCUUACCCGCUGACCCUCUCCUCUCCUCCCCGCAAUUUACGGACGACAGCAGCAUGCAAGACUCGGCAACCGCAGCGGUUUUGGCGGCGGCGUCAGCCAUGCAGCAGGAGUCGCUUCUCCGUCGCCAGAGAAUGGCCGCGUCACUCUGCUCCGCGGGUUUCCCGUUCUCCUCCGCGCUCGCGUCGUCCCCCCUCUCGUGGCAAUCCCGCCUGUCCAACCCCCUCCUCAACUCCUCCUUCCUCUCCUCCACCAUUGACCCGCUCGGGCCGUCCGCGGCGCAGAUGCAGCUUCUCGAGUCGAUGGUCGCAGCGACGUCGCCGACCGGCAAUGCUACUCUCCUCAACUCGUCGCUUCUCAACUCCUCGCUACCCAACUCCUUCCUCACUCAUUUUACGCCCAGCGCCAAGCGCGCCGCACCCGACGCGUCCGCGAGCGACGGCAAGACGCAACGGCCGCGGAAGCGCGGGCGGCCCUCGUACAAGGACCGCGCUGCGGCGGCUGCAGCUGCGGCUGCGGAGGCCGAAGCGAAAAAAGCCGCCGCAAGGGCGGCUCUGCGCGAGUCGGCUUUCGGAAGUGCCGGAGCAGAUAGCGACCGCGUGACCUCCCUCGGUGGCACCGCGCCUUCCGCGAACACUUCCGCCCCUCAGCGCAAAAUGCAGCGCAUUCUCCCUCGCGCCGUCCCCAUGCGCGCCCCCCUGGUCCCCGGCUUGACGCAAGUCCCUGAUUCCGCGGCGCUGAUGGCGGCGCUGCUCCCGCAGGCCACCUCCGACUUCUCCGUCGCUCUUCAGGCCGCGCUUGAGCAAGCGCGCUGCCGCGCCGCGCUCGCCGAGGCGUUCGCCGCGUCCUCCGCCGUGGGGCCUUCGCUCGAGCAGCGCGCGCAGCUGUGGAUGGCGCGACUCACCGCCGCCGGCGCCACUGGUGGGCUCCCGUCGGCCGCGCCCGCCGCAGUCGACGCCGCACUCGCCGAUCUGUCGCCGAACAAUGUCUCAGUGAGCGAAGCGAAGCUCGCCGCAGCCGCCGCCGGGCUUCUCGCCGCGGAAGGCGGCGAUCCCAAGGACGCACUUUUCAGCAAGCUCCCCGCGUCGCGCGUCGACGAGUCUGCAUUGGUAGGAGCCGCGUCGCGUCUUGUCUCGGCUUCCGACGCGAAGGAGCUCUCCCCGCCGGAAACUGGAGCUGCGGGAACUGGCGGCUCGUCAGUGACCGACGUUGCUGCGAAUCAGUCAGUCGGCGGCGCGUCUGCUGCCGCCGCCGCGACUCCGCUGCCGGCAGGAGUGCUGGCCAUCGAUUGGAUGUUCGGCAACGGGCCGUCCGACACAAAGGAUUCGCGAUUUUUGCUGCCGGAAACGGCAGCUGAUUUGGAAGAGCAUGGUGACGAGACGGCACCGUCCCCUCACACCCAAUCCAUUGGACAAGCCGCAGCAGAAAAGUCGGCAGCAGGAGCGGCAGGAGCAGCUGGGAGCAGCAAGGGCCCUUCCCCCACCUCAACCACCUUUUUCCGACGACAGCCGGCGGACUCGACCUCGUCCCCCCCGGCUGUUGUCGUGGCAGCAGCUUUUGAGCUGCUUGCAAAGAACAUGGCCCCUCCUCCUCCCGCUCCCCGGUCCUUCGCCUCCCUCCCUGCUGCAACUGCUUCUGCUGCUGUUGUUGGGCGCAGCGUUUCGGAUGAGCCGAGCUCCGUGGUUGCUGUGCCCAUGCCGCAGAUGCUUCGGCGUGUGAGCUCUCAUGCUACGGCAGGCACUGUUGGUGCUGCUGGCGCUGCAAAAGGCGACGAUAUGAGGAGUGUGAUGAUGAUGGUGGAUGAAGAGCUCCGGAGCCUGCGACAGGCUGGCGCUAGAGGCGCGGCUGUAGCGGCCGGAUCCCAAGUGCAAGAAAAGGGGUUCACGAACAGCAGUGCAGCUGCUAGCGCGUAUUGUAUUCCUGUGCCGGCGUACCUUGCUGUGCCUACUGCUGCUGAGGACACCACAGGGAAUGGCGCCAGCAGAAAGCUGGAGAGCAAUGCGCCCAUGGAUCUCAUGCCCAUAGCUUCUGACUGCCCUGUUUUGAACCAGGCUUCCUUGGAUCUCACUCUCAAGUUUUGCGACGCAUUUGCUGCUAUCACCCCUCCUCACUGUGUUCUCACCGCAUUCGCUCCGACCCUCACUCCUGUGCAGGUCACUCGGCUGCUGCUUGCAAGGAGCAGUAGCAGACGGGCGCCUCAUCGCGAGCAGCAGUGGCAGGCGGACGGACGUGGGGCAGCAUCAGCGUUCUCCUCAUGCCUCAAGCCACUGGCGGCAGCAGACAACGCCUGGUGGUGCCGGCACGAGCUCAAGAGCAGCGCUGCUGGUCGCCUGAGACGCCAUGCCAUGCCUGCUGCCCACGCUGCUUCAACUGCCUCCUGCUCUCACGCCAUCAGCUAA